UCCGGAGCUGACGAGGCCAGAGGAGACUGACAGCUGCUCCGACCAAAAGGAACCCGAGUUGUGCUGACGUCACUGUUUCCACAGCAGAUCUGACCAAAGAAACACGAGCGGGCGGUGACGUCAUCGUCUCUACACCGGGCGGGAUUUCCGCACAAGACUGCUAGCUAAUAACAUGGCGAAGACUUACGACUACUUGUUUAAACUACUUUUAAUCGGCGACUCGGGCGUCGGAAAGACAUGUGUCUUAUUCAGGUUCUCAGAGGACGCAUUCAAUUCCACGUUUAUCUCUACCAUAGGUAUUGACUUCAAGAUUAGAACAAUAGAGUUAGAUGGGAAGAAGAUCAAGCUACAAAUAUGGGAUACAGCAGGACAGGAGCGGUUCAGGACCAUCACAACGGCCUAUUACAGAGGAGCCAUGGGCAUCAUGUUGGUGUAUGACAUCACCAAUGAAAAGUCUUUUGACAACAUCAAGAACUGGAUACGAAAUAUAGAAGAGCAUGCAUCGUCGGACGUGGAGAGGAUGGUUCUUGGAAACAAAUGUGAUGUGAAUGAUAAAAGGCAGGUUUCGAAAGAAAGAGGCGAAAAGCUGGCGCUGGAGUACGGCAUCAAGUUCAUGGAGACGAGUGCAAAAGCAAACAUCAAUGUGGAGAAUGCCUUCCUAACUCUUGCGAGAGACAUCAAAGCGAAAAUGGACAAGAAACUGGAGGGCAACAACCCACAGGGCAGCAGUCAAGGAGUGAAGAUUACAGAACAACCCAAGAAAAGCAGUUUCUUUCGCUGCACGCUCCUGUGAGGAGACAAGUGCGUCUGCAUCCACCAUCGCCUUAACCGUGUCCCCCACUGGACAGAACUGGACGGAGCACACUCUGAUCGUCUUUAUCCUUCCUGGUCUUCCUGCUUCACCACUCCUCUGCUCAACUCUCAUAGGACCGACCCCUCCCACUCCUAAAUCUGUCGACUGCCGACACCUAUCCAGCAACGACAACAUACCAAGUCAGAAGUCUUUAGACAACGGCGUAUUCAGUUUCUAUGACUGCCUUUUUGUGAGUCCCCGAAGAACGAACAAAACCUGACAACUAUUUUAGCUUUCUUCUGCUCGAUGGAAUCCUCCAUUCUUUUCUUGGUGUGAAGCAACGUUAGUGUGUGUCCAGGGUGCAGAGUCCGGACCUGGCUAGGCGCUGGUUUGUGUAUUACAUGUGUGGGUGGCCUAGAUUAUUAUGUACCCGUAUUAUCUUAACACAACGUGUAAAUAUAUUUGAAGUGGCUACUUUAAGCCCUCAUUACUCGUCAUAUCAACACUGAGGUUUAUAUCACAGCUUAUCCUCCUGCUUCCACAUUCCACUCUUGUAAACCCUCUAAUGUGCAAUUCCAUGAAAAUGGAGACCAGAUAUUUGAAGUAUUCCUGUGGUGGAAAUGAGGGUUGGGGCCUACGAUUAAGUGGGCGAGAUAUCAAGGGCACAGGUUCUUGUUUUUACAUGCUAUAACUGUCACAAACGGGAGGACAUGAAGGCACUGCAAGUGGUGAACUAGAAAUACCCAACCUGAACACCUGGUGGCGAUAGCGUAGUGGCACAGAAGAGCUUCCUGAUCGGUUGUGUUGUGUUGUUGUUUUUCUAUAUCCAGUCGACUGUUCCACUGGGGGAGUAAGUACACAUCUGUUUUUUCUGGGCCUUGGACAGGAGCUGUGCUGUAGCAGUAUUUAUAACAAGACAUAGCACCAAAAUGACAAAGUGCCCUUUUAUGUUCUUAUUGAUUAUGCACUUUUCCUGUUGUUUUUUUUCUGUACAAAGAAAAAAAAAGCUUCAUUUUGA